AUGGCCCUCUUUCGCAAUGGCAGAACUGCCACCGUGCAGUUCCGCGGCUUCGCUUCAUCGGCCUCUUUGCGAGUCGGACCCGAGUCUCCCAAUUUCAUCGACGUUCCUCGAGUUCUUCAGCCGGAACAACCCUCUAAGCCCCGCGUCAAGGGUACUCUUCCGGUUCCCCGUGAGAUCUUUCCUGCCCGCCGCACGGACAAGCCGACGGAGGCGUACAUUCACGCCGCUACGCCUCUUCCCAAGAAGAUUUCGCUCAACCCAAACCACCCGGACUAUGAAUACCGCGAACAGCAGAGGAAGAUGGCUAAUAUGCGGAGGAAGAAUCUCAAGGAGGGCCUUUUGGAGCUGCACGCCCGCAAGCAGGCCACUGACAAAGCCAUGAAGCAGCAAAGCGAGCAAAAGCAGCGAUACCGGGAGAAGAUCAUGCGACAGCCUGCGAGGGAGGACGUGAGGCUGACUCAGACGUCGGUAGUUCAAGCUAUGUUGCCCCAGCGCAUGCAGGUGCUGCCGGAUCCUGGUCGAGAAUCUCGUCUGCGCGCUUCUCGGCGUCAACUUGAGGAGAAAGAAAGACUCAAGAAUGCCGAGCGCCAAAACAACCUGCACGACCUGUACGUGAAUGCACGGCAGUUUAUCACUACCGAGGAACAGCUCGCAGCCGAAAUUGAGAAGGUCUUCCCCGAGGGCGAAAAUGAGGCCUGGCGCAACGAUCACCAGGCGGGUAACAACAUCUGGAACCUGGGCCACCCCCAAUCUGUCUCCAGCCUUGUCCACGAGACUAGCAGGAGCGAAUCUGCUCGCUGGGACGCCAUUCAGGGCAGAAUCAAGAAGCUUGGAGAGGAGAUUACCGGCGGCAAGUUCUAA